CAAACAUCUGCUAUGUAGGUAGGACCUAGGAGACAGCUCAUUGCAAGAGGAAGGAAAUCCAACACGCUGAACGCCGUGGCCACAGCUUUACUACACCGGCUUUAGCCACUGCGUUUCCUGUUACCUAGUCUGACAAUCAUCGUUUAGUUACACGCACAUUCCAGGCUUGGAAGCACUUAAGCCACCAAGGUUAUGUAGGCUGCUUACUGUGCAGAUUCCCGAAGGAUAAAGCUGAUUUACACGAAAGGAGGCAGCAUCAGGCUGCAUUUUAAGAUGCAAUUUGCAGCAGUGAUGGCGGACUUGGAGCUGUAGUUGGAGGGAACGUUACGCGUUGGGAUUAGAUAACGGAGUUGCCUUGCUGUGGGCAUUGAGCGCCAACCAUGGAAGCAGUCCGGAGAGCGGUCAAGGACCGCAUCCUUGUCGACAUGCUUGGGGGUGUGGUGGAUGAAACGGCCGGUGGUUGGAAAGUCUUGGUACUCGACGAAUUCACGACCCGCGUCGUCUCGUCGACUUUGCGCAUGUCUGAUAUCUUGGAGUGCAACGUCUCUGUCGUCGAGGAUCUCAUGAAAGCACGGCAACCGCUGCAGCAGGCGGCGGUUUACUUCAUCCAGCCCAGCCCCAAAAGCAUCGCCCGGCUCUUGGAGGACUUUGGCGGGCCCGACGGCAAAUCCGGGAUAACAAGGGGCAUCAAACAGCUUUACCCCGCAGUGCACAUCUUCCUAUCUAACAAAAUUUCCUCAGAGGCACUUGACAAGCUGAAGGCCAAUCCUCGCCUCGUCAAGUCCCUGAAAACUCUCAAAGAGCUCAACCUAGAAUUCCUAACCGUAGACUCCCGGACCAUGACCACGGAGCACCCGGAGGCAGCGCGCUUGUUACUCAGCGACACAGCGGACAGCCGGACGGUAAGCAAGCAUGUCGACCAGAUCGUGUCGCGUCUGGGGACUCUGUUCACGGCGCUCAAGGAGUUCCCCGUCAUUAGGUACAAGGCCGCUCGGCCGCCACAGCCCGGAGACCCGCCGGGUCAGUCGACCCGCGGGUCGCUGUCGCAGCUGCUGGCCAGCAGGCUGUACGAGCGACUGGCGGGCAUGCAGCGGGCGGGGCAGCUUCCGAACAAGGAGUCCUGCGACAUGCUCGUACUUGACCGUACGUACGACGCUGUUGCGCCGUACAUCCACGAGUGGUCGUACGAGGCGCUUGCAUACGACCUGGUGCACAUUGACGGUAACGUGUACAGAUACCAGGUGGAGACCCAGGGCGGCGGCGGCAAGGUGGAGGCCCGGGAGGCGCUGCUGGAGGAGAGUGACGAGCUGUGGCUGGAGCUGCGGCACCUCUUCAUCGCGGACGUGUACAGCAGCCUGGGCGAGCGGUUCCGGGAGUUCCAGGCCAAGAACCGGGCGGCACGGGCGGCAGGUGGCGGCGGGCUGAGCAAGGCCGGCGAGACCAUGUCCUCCUCCUCCAUCCGCCAGCUCAUCAUCGCACUGCCGCAGUACCGCGAGCUGCUGGGGCGGCUGGCGCUGCACAUCCAGCUCAGCUCGGAGCUCAAGACGGCCACCAACGCGAGGUCGCUGACGGACGUGGGCGAGCUGGAGCAGGACCUGGUGCUGGGCGAGAAGACGAGCAAGGACCUGCUGGCUUUCCUGUCGGAGCACCAGGCCCAAAUGGACGCCGCUGACAAGCUGCGGCUGCUGGCCUGCUACCUGGCAACCCACCCGGGGAAGCUGGAUGUGGCUAAACGAGUGCAGUGGCAGAAGACCGCGGGUCUGUCCGUUGAUGACAUGGCGGCCCUGUGCGGGGGGCUAGCGAGGCUGGGGGUAAAGGUCAUGGAGACGCCCGCCCCCGCGGAGGCCUCCAAGGGCUUCUUCGGCGGCUCCAAGAAGCCCAAGCCGCUCAAGGCGACCCGCAGGAAGGCGGGCGGGGACGACGAGGAGCAGUACGCGCUCAACCGCUUCCAACCGCUGCUGGCGGAGCUGCUGCAGGAGCUGGCGGCGGGCAGGAUGAGCGCGGAGGAGUAUCCGUACGUUAGGCAGCCCUCGGGGGACCCCGAAGGCGAGUCGGCCCGGGCAGCCGCCUCCGCUCGCACCGCCCGCUCCGGCCUCAACUGGGCUAGGCGCAAGGAGGGGGCGGAGGGCGCGAGCGGCUCGGGGGCGGGACCCACGGGUCGGCGGCUGGUGGUGUUUAUCAUCGGAGGAGCGACAAGAGGUGAGAUGCGGGUGGUCCAUCAGCUGUCCUCGCAGCUGGGUCGUGACGUCAUCCUGGGCUCCACCUCAGUGGACAGCCCCAAUGCCUUUGUGGACCUGUUGUACCACCUCGCGCCGGAGACGGCAGCGGGGGCGUAGGAGGGAGGGAGGCAGCGGGGGUAGGGGUGUAGGAGGGAGGGAGGCAGCGGGGGUAGGGGUGUAGGAGGGAGGGAGGCAGCGGGGGUAGGGGUGUAGGGAGGUAGCGGCGGUAGGGGUGUAGGGAGAAAACCGUGGGGAGGGAGUAAACGAAGAAUGGACUGCAAGGCGGAAGGGGGAAGGAGCGGAAGCAGCGGACGGAAGAGAGGGAGAUUAUUGAGACAGGCGAGGAGCGGUUGUGCUCUUCUCGUCGGCAAAUUGUGUUUGUGAUGGGAGAGGGUCAGACGCCAGGAUGUUGGACUAGAGUUUGGGUACCUUGAGACGGUGCUUGUUUAUCCAGAAUUGUACCACGUCCUAAUGGGGAUUGCAGGAGAAGUGAGCGUGUGUGUGCCUUAUACUACUGAAAACUCCCACAAGAAAAUUGUAAGUAAGCG